UCUCUUUGUACCUAUCAGCAAUGACUUUCGCUACUAGAUCAAAUUCGACUACGUUCAAUGGGUUUGAACCCACUCCAGAAAGUAUACCACCACCCUACAAUGAGCUCAGAUUGAAGCUGCCCAGUAACCUUCCGGUCAACUAUCAUCCAUUGAAUCCACUUGAGUUUCUGCUGAGGGCUGCCCUCAUUUAUCCCGAUAAACUUGCUGUCGUGCACCCUGAUGUAAAAACGCCCGCAUUCUACACUUAUUCGGUUUGGACUCAGCGCGUGCAGAACCUUGGUUAUGCUUUGGUAAAAGCAGGGCUGCAACCUGGAGAUCGAAUUGCCGUUAUUGCUCCAAACGUACCAAUGAUGGCCGAUGCACUGCAAGGCGCCCUGGCUGCUCGAGUGAUCCUCACAGCAAUCAAUACCCGUCUUACUCCUCAGGAGGUGGCAUAUAUUUUAGAACAUAGUGGCUCAAAGCUGAUCCUUAUUGACUCUGAAUAUCUUCACCUUAUCGAAGGCACUCGUAUCCCGUUCGUGGUUUCUAAUGAUACCGGCAACAGCGGGGAUCCAUAUGAACGAUUUUUGAGCGAGGGGAGACAGUUCAGUGGUGAGAAAGGCUGGUCAGGGCUAGAGAUGGAAGCAGACGAGAACGCCCCAGCUAUGCUAUGCUAUACUUCCGGAACGACAGGCAGGCCAAAGGGCGUUUUGACGACCUUACGAGGCACCUACUUAGCUGCCUUAGCAAAUGCGUUCGAAGGACAGAUGAACGCAAACUCGACGUACCUUUGGAUUCUCCCCAUGUUCCAUGCCGCGGGGUGGACAUUUCCUUGGGCAAAUACGUUUGCUUUUACUACUCAAAUCACAAUGCGCUCCGUUGACUAUCCUUUGAUCUGGAAGCAUUUCUUGCAUUCACGGGUUACGCAUUACUGUGGGGCUCCUACGGUACAAAUUGGAAUUGUUAAUGAUCCUGCCGCGAAACGCCCCCCACAGCAGAUCCGAGCUUAUAUCGCAGGUGCUGCACCUACUGCACAUUUGAUAGGCUCGCUUGAAAAAAUCGGGAUCGAGCCCAUACAUGUCUAUGGGUUGACCGAGACCUAUGGGCCGUUCACUCGGAAUUACCCGCAAGAAUCGUGGUCUUCCCUUUCCUUGGAAGAGCGUUCCAAGCUGAUAGCACGUCAAGGUCAUCCCUUUGUCACUGCCGGGGGCAUGCGAGUUGUCUAUCGAGCCGAGGAAAGCCCCGAUCCAAAUGGGGAACUCGUCGAUGUUCCCAAGGACGGGAAGACGAUGGGCGAAAUUGUCACUAGAGGCAAUAUCGUUAUGAAAGAGUACUUUAAUGAUGUAGAAGCUACUAAUAAAGCAUUCCGCGGAGGAUAUUUUGGAAGUGGAGACUUGGCAGUUAUGCACCCUGACGGAUCUGCGUCUAUUUUGGAUCGCAGUAAAGAUAUCAUCAUCUCGGGCGGCGAGAAUGCUUCGAGUUUAGCGAUUGAGCAAGAAUUAGCCUCCCAUCCGCAUAUCCUCGAAGUUUCCGUCGUCGCACGUGAGCAUAAGAAGUGGGGAGAACGUCCCAUGGCGUUUGUCACCUUGCACCCUCAACAUGCCUCGAAAUGGAAAGGCCGACAUGAAGACUUUGCAAGAGAUUUGAAGGCACACGCAAAAAAAAGACUUCCUGGGUUUGCUUGUCCUGAAUGGGUGGAGAUUGUGCCAGAAUUGCCAAAAACAUCUACUGGUAAAAUUCUAAAAGCGCAACUGCGGAAAGUAGUGGCAAAGUUGUAACACCUAUCUAUAAUCAAUAGAGAACCGGACACAUUAGAUGAAUGUUGUUUUAUAGUGUCCACUAAUUUGUACUGAUCUAUCGGAAA